CCCUUUUCCCUUUUGUUCCCCUCUCCCGAAAAUGUUCUGUUUCCCAGUGUGCCUCCCUCAUAACGGCUGAGACCAGGGUCUAGGCUGGAAGGAUGGACUCUGUGCUGCUGCUGUCUCUGUGGGCUCUCUGUGGCUCUGUCUCUCUGCAGACUGCAGUCCAGGCAUCUGAUGCGUGUCCAGAGAGGCUGCUGGGUAACGAACGGAGAAGGACGUGUCUAAAACCCUGUACACAGGACAAGGACUGUGGCAACAAGCGCCAGUGUCUGUGUGAUGGCCAGUGUGGCCUCAGCUGUGUGGCUCCAGGUCGUACUUGUCCCUGGCCCCUGCCCUCAGGGAACAGCUUUGUUGCUUCCCUCCUCUCUCCCACUCCCUCCUUCUCUGCCCUCCUCGAGGUGCGUUGUGACACAGGCUACAUGUUGCCCAAUGGCUUGGAUGCAGCCAUCCGUCGUUGCCAAGGCGACCGACAAUGGAGCGGUGAUGAUCCCAACUGCACAGCCCCCACCUCCCCCCAGGUCUCAUGUCCUUUACCUGAGGAGUUGACCAACACCUUCAGCAUCGAUGGAUCCACAGUCGCUGGAACAACCAUCCGCUACACCUGUCUGGGUGAGGUGAGGGAACCACCCCCCUCUCUCUGUCUCUGUCUCUCCCUAUCUCUCUCUCCCCCUCUCUCUCUGUCUCUCCCUCUCUCUCUCAUUCUCUCCCCCCAUUCUCUCUCCAGGGAGCUGGUGGGAAACAGUGAGAAUCUCUGUAAUAUUGAUCAGACCUGGCAGUACCCUCACCCCAUCUGUCAAAGGGUGUGGUGUCCGCCCCCCCAGGAGGUGAACCAGGGGUACCUGGUGGCGGUACAGAGGACUGAGUACGAUGUGGGCGAUGCCAUCUAUUACCUCUGUAAGAAGAACCACCUGCUGGAUGGACCCAACCGGGUCACCUGCCAGCCCAACGGCACCUGGAGCACAGUGCCCUACUGCAGAGCGCGCUGUCCAAUCCCAGUGGAGCGGAGCCGUGUUCUGAUUGGUGGGCUGAAGCGUUGGCCCUAUGACGUGACAGACUCGGUGGUUCCUCACGGAGAGAGCGUGACGUUCUACUGUAAACACUCCAGGAAGCAGUGCAGCUUCCCCUACACACAGACCUGUUUCGACGGCAGGCUCAACCCCCCCUUCUGCUACCUGGAACCCACCUGGCUGCAGUACAAACUGUUCCCUCAUCGGCUGGUGUCGGAGAUCGAGGCCUGCUCUCUUGUAGACCUGGACUAAUACCCCAACACUCCCAUCUCUAUCUCUUGUCCCCCUCUCUCUCAGCCUGUACCAAUGAUAGGCUCUACAUGUCUUAAUAACAGCUGUGUUAAUGAUAAUACAUGCAAUAAUACAGAAGUAAAACGUAGUCAUGACUCAUAUUAGUUCAAAUGUUCACUUCAUGUGUUGUUGCCGUGUGACUCUGACUCCUCCCACUGCGGGAUCUGACUGACCUUACAUGUUGUUUUGUUUUAACAUAGUGUGUUCCUGCCCCAAGCUGGCCCUCAGGAUACUCCUCCUUCUGUUGUUGACACACCAGGCCCUGAGGCUUGGAAGUUCUAUUGAUGUGACGGUUUUGAAAUAAAAACAACGUUUUGCUGUAA